AUGGCUGUUGAAACCCCUCAGAGCGCCAAGAGGAAGGCCUCAGAGGAGGCAGCUUCCCCGGAUUCUCAACAGCAAGCCAGCAAGAAAGCGCGCACCGACUCCCCAGAGAAAGAGGAGUAUGGAGCGCUACGAAAGCCGCCAUUGCGCAUUGUCCCGUUCCCCGAGAAGCCCGCUGUCCUAGAAGAGCGCCGUGGUGAUAUUGAGUUCCGAGUGGUGAACAACGAUGGUUCACACGAUAGCUUUAUCGUCCUGACGGGCCUGAAGUGUAUCUUUCAGAAACAACUCCCAAAGAUGCCUAAGGAUUAUAUUGCGCGACUUGUCUACGAUCGGUCACACUUGUCUAUCGCCAUAGUGAAGCAUCCGUUGGAAGUUGUUGGAGGGAUCACCUACCGGCCAUUCAAUAGCCGCACAUUUGCGGAAAUUGUGUUUUGUGCUAUUUCCUCCGACCAGCAAGUCAAGGGCUAUGGUGCGCAUUUGAUGUCACAUCUCAAGGACUACGUGAAAGCCACCUCCCCCAUAAUGCAUUUCCUCACCUAUGCCGACAACUACGCCAUCGGAUAUUUCAAAAAGCAAGGAUUUACGAAAGAAAUCACCCUCGACAAGUCGAUCUGGAUGGGCUACAUUAAGGAUUAUGAAGGCGGUACCAUCAUGCAAUGUACCAUGCUGCCUAAAAUUCGGUACCUAGAAAUGGGUCGGAUGCUUCUGAAGCAGAAAGAAGCUGUUCAAGCCAAGAUCCGCGCAUUCAGCCGUUCUCAUAUCAUCCACCCCGCUCCCAAGGAGUGGAAGAAUGGUGUAUCUCACAUUGAUCCACUAACUAUUCCUGCUGUCAAGGAGUCAGGGUGGUCGCCUGAUAUGGACGAGCUGGCUCGCCAGCCUCGUCACGGGCCUAAUUACAACCAGUUGCUGCAUCUGCUGAAUGACAUGCAAAACCACAGUGCCGCCUGGCCAUUUACUCAGCCAGUAAACCGUGAUGAAGUGCCCGAUUACUACGAAGUCAUCAUGGAACCGAUGGAUCUGUCAACCAUGGAGGAGAAGCAUGAGAAGGACAUGUAUCCAACUCCGCAGGACUUCAUCAAGGAUGCGACAUUGAUCUUUGAAAAUUGCCGACGGUACAACAACGAGAGCACUCCGUACGCUAAGAGCGCCAACAAGCUUGAGAAGUUCAUGUACCAACAAAUUCGGAAUAUCCCUGAGUGGUCGCAUCUCGCCGAUGGACACUAA